AUGGCUUCCACUGCAAGGUCUCGUACAAGAUCAGAUCUUCGUCAAGAAGCGGAUUUCCUGCGCUCUUUCAGUGACCGAAUUGCACCUGUCAUCGGUGCUAUACAGAGGUAUGUCGUUGAAUACGAAGUAUCUGCAUGGCAAGAGUUACUGCUCGCAAGACAGCGAUCCCCUUAUAGAAUAGCAGCAAAUUACAAACUGUGGGUGCGCCCCGAUGGACCAGCGGGUUACGUACGUAGUUUUAUGCAACUGACGCACAACGGGAGCGAGUUUUGGGGAGCAUACGACGAGUGGGGAUCUUAUCUCGCCGAGCCGGUUGUCCCUGUUCCACACACUGAUCGUGAAUCGAUUCUCAUUACUUCUCCGGCCGCAAGCGAGUUACGUCCUGAGGACAUUCCCCCCCGGUCGGCUUAUAGACAUCAUCAACGACAAAAACAGCUCCAUUAUCAGCAACAGAAGCAGCUACAGCUGCAGGCUCAACAACAAUCACAGAAACAACAAUUACAAAAACCUCAAAAUCCACAACAGCUGCAACAAACCGCUGGAAGGUAUCAACCAUACCAAACCACCUCACCAAAAAUCAAGACUGAAACGGAAGAAAGUUUGAUGAAGGACAGACAAGACGUUCCGUCGUCUAAGGAAGGGGUUAAGGUCGUGCAAGAGGCACGGGUUGCGGCUCCAAAGAACGCCACGAAGAGAGUAACGCGCAGAUCCUCGAUAGAUUUUAAACAAGAACUUCUUUGGAAAUUUGGGCGUCUCUGCAAAUUAUUAAAAAGUCCUAAGAGGAGACAGCAGGAAAUUGAGAAGAUCGUGAAAACAGUAGUUAGCAAUGCGAAGCGAAUAACAUCGUCGGAUAAGACAUCUUUGUCUAACCAACCGACGUUUAUCUUCCCGGAUGAUCAAAAGUCAUUUAUUAUAAAGCUCACUAUACCACUUAAGCGAACUCGAGAUACAACAGAUUUGCGGGAAGGAAACCGUGAAUCAAAGAGGUUGAAGGCAGCAAGCGCGAUUUCAAAAGCGCAUAAAGGGAAAGUUGACACCGUUUCAGUGGAGACUAAUAACAAUAGUAGCAGCAACAAAAAUAAUCCCAAUAAAGACAAGAACAUUGAUGAUGAAGACAAGAAUAUUAACAUCAACAGAGAUAAAAAUGUUAGCGACGAUACAAGCGGUAAAGUUCAUGCCAACACUAAUGGCACUGCUAGCUCUAGCCACAACGCUAACGCGAAAGCUAGUAGUAUUAAAAACGAUAAGUACAAAAAGCGAAAUGCAGCCAAUCCUCAGACGCCACAAGCCCCGCAGACACAAUCAACACCAAACGCUAGAGCUGCCACCUCAAAUCCACCACCAAAUGGCUUAAUUGUCGAAGGUCAGCCACCUUCAGUAAAUAACUCCAAUAGAACACCGAACUCUAUUAUUCGAACAUUGGACAAUAAGACUCAGCGUGUAGACUCGAAAGAGCGUAUGAAAUCAUUGGAAGGAACAGCUGCAAAUCAUGUUCGUGAAGCCAAAGCUGCCCCCAACGUUAAAGGGCUGUGGCAUUGGAUACACGCAAUGAUAACAUACUUGGAAACUCUAUCUCUCGUAGAAAAGCAUCUUGAUUUAAUGUUGUCGGCGGCGGAACUUGACAAGUGUGAGAAAGUCAUAAAAUAUAGUACUUCUAUGUGUUCAAAAUUGAAGCAGGAAAAGCUAAAAGGGAUUUGCCUGCAAAUACACGCGCUGUUUGUCUUCCAAAAAUCCAAGCUCGAAUAUUGUCACCUCACAUUAAGAGACGGUCCCAAUCUUCUUGGCAACACUUUAGAAGAAGUUAAAGAGCAAACGAGUAAGCGCAUGAAAGAGUGGAGUGAAAACACAGCGCGUGCCCGGCAACUGUUAGAAGAGGGCAAAAAGGUAAUAAGCGAUGCAUCUAAUAGUUCCGGAAGGAGUGAAGAAGGUUUACCCGAUUUAUCCAGUCAUGUAAGUUUGGAUGGAUCGAUCCACGUUGUCAAAAGUUACAUGUUGAAGUGGAAGAAAUCUCAGAACCUUUUAGCUCGGGAGAAUGUGUCGGAGCGGGCAUCAAACGUUUAG